UUUAAAUCUCCCAUCUUCUUCCUCGUGUCACUCUUUCUAACACUCUGCAAAAAACAUUUUCUUUUCUCUCUGCACACUAAAAAUUUCCAAGAAUAUUUCCUAGAAAAGGAGCAUCUUCCUCUUUAUCUCUCCCCUCUCAUCUCUCGAUAACCAAACGGUGGGUUUGUGUUGAUUCCAUAAGAAUAUAACAAAAAGCUCUCUUUUUUUUUCUUCUUCUUUCUCCUUUCUUCAACUUUCACAAAAUAAAAUCUUUGCUUUCUUCCCCCCUCCUCCCUCCUCUCUCUGUUUGUAUUAACAAGGUUUACCUCUUGCAGUUUUCUGUGCCUUUUGCUUUGUAGCUUUCCAUAAAAAGAAAGAAAAAAAAUCUCGUCCUUUGAUAAAACUUUUUUGGCAGAGAAGCAUCACACUCUUAUCUCUCUUGUCUCUCAAGUUUCUUCCUUUUUCGAAAAAAAAUCCGUCUUUAUUCUUUGUCUCUUUCCUUUUUGCUUUAAAAUAAUUUCUCAAAUCUCUUAUGAUAUAAACACAGUAUCACAGUCUAAGUAACGGAGAGAUAGAGAGAGAUAACAAUGGAGACAGAGAAGCAACUUGUUCUCCCGAAAACCAAAUCCACAGAGCACAAAACCAACACCACGAGAACCGAACCGGACUUAACCAAACACCACCAACACCACCAACCAAGGAUUCUCCGUAUCUCCGUAACCGACCCAGACGCAACAGAUUCCUCCAGCGACGAAGAAGAAGAACGACUAGUCUCUAAACGCCGUCGUAUCAAGAAGUUUGUAAACGAAGUAGCUCUCGAUAGUUGUCGUACCAGUCAAACCGAACCGAAGAAGAGAAGGAAGAGAGCGGUUACAGUCAAACCGGAACCCGCCUCUGCUCCGGCACUCCCGACGACGUCGACGACGGAGAAGAAAUACCGGGGAGUAAGACAGCGUCCGUGGGGGAGAUGGGCGGCGGAGAUAAGAGAUCCGCUUAGACGCGUGCGCCUCUGGCUCGGAACUUACAACACGGCGGAGGAAGCCGCCUUGGUCUACGACAGCGCCGCGAUUCAGCUCCGCGGUCCCGACGCCCUCACCAACUUCUCCCCUCCUCCGCCGUUGCCGUCGACGGAGAAAACCUCUCCGCCGCCGCAGCCGGUUAAGAGGAAGAGAAAAAUCAGAGACGACGCCGCUUCUUCCUCCGCCAGCAGCGACGGCGUCUGCUCUCCGGUGUCUGUUCUCCGAUCACCGUUUGCCGCCGACAAAACCGCGGCGGUCAUCGUCAAGGAAGAGCCUUCGCCUUCGGCGUCUGCGUCGGAGGCUUUCUCCGAUUUCUCGGCGCCGCUGUUCACCGACGAGGACUUGUUCGAUUUCGGGAGCUACGUCGUUCCCGACUAUCUCGGCGGCGACAUCUUCGCUGACACGUGUACUGAUAUGAAUUUCGGGUUUGAUUUCGGAUCCGGGUUAUCAGACUGGCACGUGGAUGACCAUUUUCAAGAUAUUGGGGAUCUAUUCGGGUCGGAUCCUAUGACUGUUUAAUAAAAUUAAAUAGUUUACCCGGCCGUUACUAAACGGACUCGCGAAGUUUUGUAUGUUCGUUAUCUAAAUAUCUUUUUAGCUUUCUGUUAUCCUUGUCGUCGUUAUAUAAAUAUACUAUGAAUCAAAUGUAUUAAUGCUGUAGUUAAUGGCUUAAUGGUCUUUUUAAAUGGUUAUUAACGUUUAAGUUAUAAGUCCG